AUGCGUUUUGCUCUCUCCCAGUCAGACGAGUUCCUCGCCCGCCACGAUCUCGACCGCUCCAUGCUCGAGAGUCUCGCCGAGAACGAGGAACGCUUCCUCGCCGACGCCCGUGAGAAAGCGAGAACCGCCCCCCGUAUCAACGCUCUUGGUCUCGCCGCGCGCAACGAGAUGAGGGAUCGAGACCUGGCCGAAUUCGGUCCUGCCGCGUUCCCCCCUUCUUCCUUCUUCGAGACCACCGGAUCUCUGCGUCCUCGCGUGCCGCCGCCCACUGGUCAACAGCCUGCUCCCCCGGCGCCUACAUCGGGUGUGUGGGAGUACUAUCAGGCUUGCGUGGUCAACGCGACCAAGACGUACUGGUCGUAUGGUGCCAAAACUGGUUGCGUCAAGAACAGCGACGCCCUCAAGGAUGCCAAGGAAGACGGCAAGCGCGUCUACACGAAGCAGCCGGACGGUCAGUUCCGCUGGGCGGCUUUCCAGCAGUGCAGCCCGAGCACAGUUGCGGGCUUCAAAGGACUACAUCAGAUGGUGCGAGCCGUCGGCGGCGACCCUGCGAACUUCGGUUCCAGGAUUGAGAUGGCCGAGUACGUCAUCGCUCGGGAGGCACCUCUCAGUGUCGUCCAGGAGGAGGACGAGGGCGAGAUCUACUCGGGUACCUUCCCGGUCCACUUGGGCCAGCCAGCGUCCCAGAAGUUCUGGGGUGUUGGACAGUUGGGCAACGGCACGCUGACCAUGGCGGCGACGACCCAGGGUGCGAUGGAGGCGAAGUCCAAGGGUGCGAUGGAGAAGCGGAGGGGAUGA